ACGUCAGAGGUUGUGAAUUGAGAGGGAUUUUGGUGUGAAAUUCAGGGUGCACGGUUCAACCUCCAAAUACGUUUCAACUGUUUUUGUACGCCUUUACAUUAYAAUCAAAUUCACAGGGAAGUCAAAUACAAUGCAUAAUACACAGAAAUGUCAAACAGGGUACUUCUAUUAUGCAUUUAGAGGCGUUUUGCUUUCUAUAAACUAGCUAUGAACGUGUUCCAUUGUUUGCUACCCAGGCAAUUGCUAACUAGCUAGCAAUGCGUAGAGCUUUUGAUUAGCUGAAAAAACACAAAUAAAGCGGCAUCACGUUUUUGACCAGUCAAGUGACUAGCGCAAAAUGCCGGAGAUAAAACUCAAGCACGUAGUGUCUUGCAGCACCGAAGACAAUACUCACAAGGCUGACAACCUGCUGAGCUCAGACACAUACAGAAAAUGGAAAGCAGCAAGGCCAGGGGAGAAACAAACCUCAGUCAUUAUACAGUUUGAGAAAGAAGAGCAGGUGUACAGCAUAGACAUUGGAAAUGAAGGGUCUGCUUUUAUCGAGGUGCUGGCGGGACACUCAACCUCUGUCAAAGACCAGGACUAUGAGGUUUUGCUGGUCACGUCCUCCUUCAUGUCCCCCACGGAUAGCCGUAACGGCACCAACACCAACCGCGUGCGCUUCUUUAGCCCUAACCAGCUGGUGAAGGCUCACGCCCAGGAGAAGUGGGACCGCGUGAAGAUUGUGUGUAGCCAGCCGUACAACAAGAGCAUAGCAUACGGAGUGGCCUUCGUGAAGUUCCAUUCACCACCAGACAAAAGUGAUCCACCAACCACAACACCGAAGUUGACCAAGCUGGGCCAGUUCCGGGUGAAGGAUGAGUCCCCCUCGGCUUGCCCCAGUCUACAGCCAGGCAGCCUCUUCUUCAACAGAGAGAGCACCUCCAAAGCCAGCCCAGCGCUCAAGGUUUCGCCACAGACUGAGAAGCUCAGCUAUGCAGGUGCCGCCCUGCAGUCUGGGUCUGGCCACUCCUCAGCCCCACCAUCCUCCAACUCUCCCCCACCACAGGCAGCAGUGAAGAGGAAGUUUGAGUUCACUAAAGAGCGCCAGACUGCCCUUGCUCCGCCCCCCUCAAAGAAACCCAGCCCUAUGGCCUCUCCUGAACGGGGCACUACCACCCCCAAACCCAAGGCCAAACCCAGCACAGCCAGUACUCCCAGCCCCAUUGCUGCCAAAGUCACCCCUGCCCAGAAAACCCCAGACACCAAGAAGAAAGAGAGCCUGUCCAAACCAGAAGCCAAGCCCAGAUCCAAACCCUCCAAAGCCCAGUACAGCUCCUCCGAGGCCACCGUUCCCCUCAACAAGAUCAUGGAGGGGGUGGUGUUUGUGCUGAGCGGCUUCCAGAACCCCUUCCGGGGGGACCUGAGGGACAAGGCCCUGGCCAUGGGGGCCAAGUACCACUCUGACUGGACCCCUGACGCCACACACCUCAUCUGUGCCUUCUCCAACACCCCCAAGUACAGCCAGGUGAAGUCAGCAGGGGGCGUCAUCGUCCGGAAGGAGUGGGUGCUGGACUGCCACAAGAGGAAGCAGAAGAUCUCCUUCAAACGGUACCUGAUGGACGGAGCGGAGUCCAGCUCGGAGAGGAGCGACGUAGAGGAGGAUGAGGAGAGUGAGGAGGAAAAAGAGAGGAGGACMCCACAAAAGAGGAGAGAAGAAGAAAGGCAACCCACUCCCAGAAAGACCCCCAUCAAGAAAGAGGAGGAGGAUCUGUAUGGUGGCUCCACAGACGCAGAUGAACCAGAAGAUGAGUCUGGCAUGGACACGGAGGACGAGCUGAAGAGGGUGGAGAGCGCGAGUCGGCAGAAGGAAGGAGAGAAGGAGAGAAAAGGAGUGAAGGAGGAGGACCCUUUUGGAGYGUCGACGGACGAGAACACUGACGCUGAGGCCGAGGAGGACAAGCCCAUCCCUGAGUUACCAGAUUUCCUAACUGGAAAGCGAUUCUUCCUCUACGGCAAGUUCCCCAACAAUGACAGGCGCCUACUCCUGCGGUACAUCAUCGCCUUCAACGGGGAGGUGGAGGACUACAUGAGUGAAAAGGUCCAGUUUGUCGUUACCGGCGAGGGAUGGCACGACUCCUUUGAAGACGCACUGAUGGAGAAUGGUAAUUUAAGCUUUGUCAAACCCACAUGGAUUUUUGCCGUCAACGAUCGACAGAAGAUGCUGCCGUAUCAGCCCUACACUGUUGUCCCUUGAGACUUGCAUUUGCUAACAUGCUCACACACACACACACACACACA